AUGUCCUCAUCGACCCCCGCUACCACCGGUCGACUGACCUCCAAGAUCGCCCUCAUCACCGGUGGUACCCGCGGAUUCGGUGCCUCGAUCGUCUCGACGUUUGUCGCUCACGGCGCGCGAUGUCUCGUCAUGGACCUCCUCGCCACCGACGGUUUCUACGACCCCUAUACCGUCUCCCCUCCCCCCUCGGAUGUCUCCACCUCUACUGCAGUGGAUCGCUCGGCGUACGCGCUCAAAGCAGACAUCACAUCGCGCGAAUCUUGGGAGCGUGCUCUCUCCACCUGCCAGGAGAUCUUCGGUUCCCAUCCCACCAUCGUGGUGAACAACGCUGGGUGGACGUACAGCAACAAACCUACACUCGAGGUAAAGGAGGACGAGUUUGAAAAGGUUUUCAGUGUCAAUGUCAAGAGUGUAUUUUUGAGCGUUGAUGUGAUCCUUCCACGGGUGUUGGAGGAAAGCAAAGGGGAAGAUGUCAGUUGGAUCAAUGUUAGUAACAACGCAUCCAAGGGAGCGGUCAGCACAGCAACCAAAGCUCUAGCCGUAGAAUACGCUCCGCGCAAGAUCCGCUUCAACUGCGUCUGUCCCGUCGCUGGAAAUACCCCACUACUCGCCGAGGCAAGCGACAUCGCCAACGCCUGCCUCUUCCUCGCCGAUCCGCGCAGCGAAUUCAUCACCGGCAUCGACCUCCCCGUCGACGGUGGCAGAUGCGUCUAA